CUGAGGUGUGUGUGAGAAGCUUGCUAGCCAGAGCCAGGCGAAGAGACGAGGGUUUUCAUCUCCCGCUCCAGGAGGAGACAGAGGAAGCAGCCGGGUGAUCUUCUCCUCCAGAUUCCUGAUCGCACUGCGAAGAUCCACGCCGACCAGAUGGAGUCUCAAAGUGGCAAGGGAGAUCCCAGCAAGUCACAGGUGUCUGCCGGUGGUAAGGGCGAUCCCAGCAAGUCACCGGCGUCUGACGGUGGCAAGGGCGAUCCCAGCAAGUCAACAAUAUCUGACGGUGGCAAGGGUGGUUCCAGCAUGACGGCCAAGACUCAGAGGCUUCCCAUCAAAAGGCCACCCCAGCAUGCCAGAAAAGGGAGGCCUGUAAUGCUACUCACGAACCAUUUCAAAGUCUCUCUCACCAGAACAGAUCAGAUACUCUAUCACUAUGAUGUGACUCUGAAGUAUGAGGACGGCAAACUAGCUCUCGGAGAAGGCAUGGGCAGAAAGGUGAUGAAGCAGCUGUUCGAGACCUAUGCCUCACAUCUCGCGCACAAAGUAUUCGCCUAUGAUGGCGAGAAGGGUCUCUUCACCGUUGGGCCUCUCCCAUUUAAGAACAAUGAGUUCGACGUAGUUCUGUGCGACGCUUCAUCAGGAAAGACUGGAACAAGCCGGAGCCCCGGAGGAGAUGGCAGUCCAGGACCAAGUGACAAGAAGAGAAUGAAACGAGCAGUGUAUGCGAAAAGAUUCAAGGUGGAGAUAGCCAUAGCCUCCACCUCCACGGCAAGGAUUCCGAUGAGUGCCAUUGCCCAGGUCCUGCGUGGUGGUCAGGAAUCUGAGAACUCGCAGGAAGCUAUUCGGGUUCUCGACAUCAUACUGAGGCAGCAUUCCGCAAGACAGGGUUGUCUCUUAGUCAAACAGUCUUUUUUCCGUGGCGAAUUCGGUUCCAUAGACUUGGGUGGCGGCGUGCUCGGUUGUCGGGGUUUCCAUUCUAGCUUUCGACCCACUCAAAAUGGGCUUUCACUCAACGUUGAUUUAUCCACCACAAUGGUAGUGAAACCUGGCCCUGUGAUUGAUUUCCUGCUCUUCAACCAGAAUAUCAAGGACCCUUACAGAAUUGACUGGGUCAAAGCAAAGCGUGCACUGAACAAAUUAAGGAUCAGUACCGUUCACACAAAAAUGGAAUUGAAGAUUGUCGGAUUGUCCGAGAAAAAUUGCAAUGAGCAGACGUUCCCACUGAAGCGAGAUGGCAACGGUACUGUGGAUAUAACUGUCUAUGAUUACUUCAUGGACCGUUGGUCUAUGAGGCUGGAAAAGUCGGCACACUUGCGCUGUCUAAAUGUUGGGAAGCCAGAUCGCCCAACAUACCUCCCGCUGGAGGUUUGCCAGCUGGUGCCAUUGCAGAGGUACAAGAAGUCUCUGUCCACGAUGCAAAGGUCAAAACUCGUCGAGGGAUCCAGGCAGAAGCCGCUUGACAGGAAGUUGAGCUUGUCUCGUGCGUUGCGUGACAACAACUAUGAUUCUGAGCCAAUGCUGAGGGAAUGUGGCAUUUCGAUAGCUCGAGAGUUUAUGCAGGUUGAGGGUAGAGUUCUUCAGGCACCACAGUUAAGCGCUGCACGUGAUAGAGAACUUUAUACACCUAAUGGGAGGUGGAACUUCAAUAAGGACAGGUUCAUUCAGCCCAUUAAAGUGAAGACCUGGGGAGCUGUUAAUUUUUCUGCAAGAUGCAAUGUUAGGGAUCUUGUCAAGCGCCUUAUCCAAGCUGGUAUCAUGAAGGGAAUUCAAAUGGAAGAUUGUGCUGCUGAUGUAAUUGAAGAGAUGCAUCAAAUGAAAUGGGAAACUCCGGCAAAAAGGGUGGAGGAUGUGUUUCAGCAAAUAAAAUCAAGUUUCAAACAACAGAAACCAGGGUUUCUCCUGUGUGUUCUUCCAGAGAAAAACUCUGAUAUCUAUGGACUUUGGAAGCGCAAAUGCCUUGCAGAACAUGGUAUUGUUACCCAAUGCGUGGUUCCUCCUGCCAACAUCAAAGAUCAGUACCUCACCAAUGUGUUGCUAAAGAUAAAUGCCAAGCUUGGCGGGUUGAAUUCAUUGCUGAAAAAUGAAACAACACGUGCCAUUCCUCUUGUGUCGAAAGCUCAAACAAUCAUCUUUGGUAUGGAUGUCUCGCAUGGUUCACCGGGAUCUAACGUACCAUCGGUUGCUGCAGUGGUUAGUUCAUUGGGGUGGCCACUCAUCUCAAAAUACAGAGCUUCUGUACGCACUCAGGCACCCAGGAAGGAAAUUAUUGAUUACUUGUUUAAGCAAGUUGGAGAUGACGAUCAGGGCCUCAUUAAGGAAUCACUGAUUGACUUCCUCAAUAACAGCAAAGGCCAGCCACCAGAACAAAUUAUCAUUUUCAGGGAUGGUGUCAGCGAGGGCCAGUUUAAUAUGGUUCUGACUGAUGAGCUAACUAAGAUCACUGAGGCAUGCAAGUUUUUUGGUAGUAAGCAUUUUGGUGGCAAAUGGUUCCCCAAGUUUACGGUGAUAAUAGCGCAGAAGAAUCAUCACACUAGAUUUUUCCUGCCCAAUGAACGUAAUCGUAACGAAGUGAAUAAUGUCCAACCUGGCACUGUUGUAGAUAAGGGAAUCUGCCAUCCCAGGAACUAUGAUUUCUACAUGUGUGCUCAUGCUGGCAUGAUUGGGACUACAAGGCCAACCCACUACCAUGUGCUCCAUGAUGAUAUAGGGUUCUCUCCAGAUGACCUGCAGGAGCUCGUGCACAACCUCUCCUACGUGUAUCAGAGGAGCACCACAGCCAUCUCAAUAGUUGCCCCCAUCUACUACGCACACCAUGCAGCGGCGCAGGUGGCGAAGUUCACCAGGCUGGAUGACAUGUCAGAGACAUCGUCGAGCCAUGCUAGCCAGGCUGAACCUGCCCCGGUGCCAGAGCUGCCUCGUCUACAUCCCGACGUAGCAUCAUCAAUGUUCUUCUGCUAAGGACAAGAAGUUAGCUCAUCACUGGAAGUUACUGAAACUUUUGAAUCAAAUGCUAUUUAAAAUCGGUGUGGUGUUCAUGCCUAAGAACUGAACUAUGAUUUUGGAUUUGGCUGCUCAUAUCAAACGAACAGCCUUUGGUUGCUAUCAUGGUACUUCUAGCUGAGAUCAUCGCCAAUAAUAAGUUGGACUUUCCAUAUCUAAACUUUUGUUUGUCUUAAGUUUAUAAAUGUUUCAGUCAAAGGCUGUGCAAUGGCUCCUGUUCGGUAUCAUCAGAAUAUGAUUGAAUCUUGUGCAUAUUUC